AUGUUUUCACGUGAACUGACGAGGAGAAAAUGCAAACUUUGAAACAUAAGGAACAGUGUGGUUCUAAAAAUGUUUUACACUUAAUUAAACUUACGCUUAUACCUGUUGUUAUUGUCUACCUGUUUCUUCAAAUGAUAAUCACUACGCAAACAGCUGGUGUUAGCUUUCAAAAACGCAGAUACAGAAGUAAAUCAAUUGGAAGACAGUAUUUUCAAGAGUAUACAACGGCCGCAACUUUCGUCACAAAAGCUUUCAAUGGCAGCAAUCCGGAAGACCUUUUCUUGAAGCUUACCAGGGCCGCUGUGACUAAGAAAAGUAAUACUUUCCAAAGUACCUGUUCUAGCCAUGUACGCCUACUACGGGGAUAUCAACGAAACAAAAGAGGAUUCCUAACCUUAGGACUAAGUACGGUACCACGAGAGGGCGUCUUUUACCUUCCAAAAGCUCUCGAGUCGUUUAUAUCACAGAUGACAGAUGAAAACAGAAACGAGUGCGUCAUUGUUAUAUUUCUUGGAUCGCAUAACAGCACGUGGGUGAACAUGACGUUGUCAAUGAUUGAUACACAGUUUGCGGAGAGCGUUUCUACAGGGCUUAUUCAAAUUAUACAGCCAGAUCCAAGCAUUUAUCCAGACUUUAAAACUAUUACAAAAAGAAAUUACAACGAUACACCUGUGCGCGUUCAUUGGAGAACCAAACAAAACAUAGAUUACGCGUACUUGUUUGCGUAUUGUGAAAAGCUAUCCGAAUAUUACAUGCAUAUUGAAGAUGACAUUACUGCAGCUAAAGGAUACAUUAAUGAAAUUAGACCGUUUAUAGCAAAUACUAACAAAUCAAAACAAACAUGGUUUCUUCUUGAAUUCAGUACUUUGGGAUUUAUUGGAAAGCUUUUUCGUUCCAGUGAUAUGUGCACUAUGAAGGAUUAUUUUUUACUUUUUAAGGACGAGAAGCCAUGUGAUUUGUUGAUUAAUGACUUAAAACGUAUAAAAACACAAAUUAAAGACUUCAAAAGUCCAAAAUCUUUGUUUCAACAUUUUGGAGUAGCUUCGUCUCUAAAAGGUAAAAUACAAAAAUUGACAGACAAAAAUUUUAAAGAUGCCCCUAAGCGACCGAUCGCACGAGGUCAAAAUUAUAUAUUUCCAAAUCUGACAAAGAAAAAAGAACCAGGAGAUUUAUCGAUUAAUUUCAAAAGAAAUAAAUUUGUAAAUCCACGUGCACGUGUGUUGACAUCAAUGGAAACAUAUGCCUCAUUUACUGCUCUCAGGCCGUAUGCUGUUCGGCUGGGCGGUUACUAUUGGGCCAAAUCGCCAAAUGCUAGUGAUUAUUAUCGGAUAUUGUUCGAUUUACCAAUAAACAUUACUCUUUUAGAAAUAAAAACGGGUCACCCGAGUAAAAAGUCAGACCGGCUAGAAAGUGCAAAAGUUAAAGCUGGCCACCAUUCAGAGGGCAACACAUGUGAAGACGACAUAAUUUUAGGAAAUUUUAAAAACGGGAUAUUUUUAACAAAAUUCAAUCAGCCGUUGCUAUUUGUCAAGUGUUUAGAUAUAAUAGUCACCAAAUCACAGAAGUCUUGGAUGAUAAUAUAUGAAAUCACCGUUCAGACACCAGAUAUGCAGAAGGAAAUAAACCGACAACGUCCGGUGAACGUACAAAAAGACGCUGAUGCUAAGGUCAAGAUAAAAGGACGACAAAUCAAACCUGCAAACACGUGAAUUCUUGAACCAGUCAGAGUUAUGCUGACCUAUCAGUACUUGGUUCUACUACGUUAUUACUAUUUGAUCUGGUGAAAGGUUCAUUCCUACAAAGUCAGAAGGUUGUUUACAGGAGUGAGGAAUUGACAGAUCUUGUAUUUCUGUAACUAUAUGUAUGCUAACAUUGCACUCGAUCAACGUUGUUUUAGUUCUUUAUUAUAUUUUAUGUCGGUUUCUUUAACAACAUUCUGAAAUACAGAAAAUGAGCAUCUGUAACACUGAAAUAAGCAUAUUGCGAUACAUGCGUGUUAUAACAGCAUUUCAGGGGCGUACGUAUGCCUCCUCAUUACAAAAGCAUAGCGUACUUUCCAUUAUAAAAUUAGAUGAAUUCGUUAGAUAAAACCUGUAAGAAGAUCGUUUGGAAGUAUAGGAAACAACCAAGCAAAAAUGAUAGCGUACUCGGUUUCAUUGAGUCUGUUUAGCUAAAAAUGGUUUGAACUGUUAAAAAUAUGGCCCCUACUGGUGAGGAUAUUCCCUCAAAGUUUUACUACUUUAAAGAUACCCUACUUUAUACUCCUUUCACAUUCUUUUAGAACACACUGUUCAGUAAAACAAGUAGUUAGGUGUCAUCAUGGUACAAAAAAUAAUCACUUUUAUGAAAAAUACUCCGCUAAGAAGUAUAAAAUGCUCACAAGUUCGAAAAGUGACUACCUGGAGACCUUUUAUUGCACAUUAGUUAGAGUAGUUGACUUUGUAUCACUUGCCCAUCACCUGUUGAUGGAAAAACAUCUUACUAAUUUUGCCAGGCCGCAGGCAUAGCUGGAACUCUGUUUAGGCGUUUCCGGAAAAAUAUAUCCUAAAGUAACAAAACAGUUGAUGAAACUUUUGUUAGGAAGGAAUAAGUGUACCUAAAUAUCAAACAUAAGAUUCCAUCAGUAAGAGCAAAAUAAUACGCAUUGGCUUUAGCGAAAUGGGUUGUUGGCACUUCACAGUAUUAAAGUUGUGCACCUGCAGGUUUGACGUUGUAUUCAGAGCUGAAUCAUUGCCACUGCAUUUAUUUCGGAACUUGAAUGUCAGAUUUUGUUUUCAGGGUAAACCAAGAACAUUCUCUUUUUUUUCUUCAAGAUAACUUUGUUAUUUUUUAUUCAAAAACUAAUUAACACGAUUAAAAUAUACAUUCUGUAUUGAGAAGUUAAUGGCUAAGUGCGAGAGUUUUGUCUUAUUCUUCUUUUAUCAGAUGUACAGAUAAGAAAUAUGACCCAAACAAAGCUCCAAAUUUUACUACUUUCAUAUACAAUAAGCAAAAUGGUUCCAGUCUGCUGCUGAUAUACAGUCCAGAUUCGUUCGGUCGAACUCUGCAAAAUUUGUUCGAGCCAUGCGUAGUUCCAGCUAACCGAGUUUAUUGAUCUUCCUUUAAUACUAUCGACUAUCACAGGAUUUAUGGGCUAUGAACCGGCUGUAAAAAGUAACCCCGUAAUCGGACUCGGUGAUGUUACAUUUUCUGGUCCCUUUGGAUCAUGUUGUCUUUCCAUUGCUUAUGGAUAAUAGGAUUCCUAUUAAGCGGUUGAUUGGGGCGUGAGAGGUGUUGCAUAUUUUAUUACCUCUCGUGAACACCCUCAGCCAAACCGUGUCUGCAGUUACUUUUGCUUAGUUGCGUUCUAUGAAUCCAAGGAUCUUCCUUUACAUUUUACUGCAAGAUAAACGUAGAUAUUUUAGCUAUAAGAUGUAUUCUCAAUCUUUUUAUAUGCAUUAAUCAAGGAAUAUCCAUAAACGCUUUAAUAGUAUUUCUGAUUUUAUCAUAUUUAUACUUAUUCAAAACAAUAUUAGCAAAACAUAGCAGUAGAGCAAUAAGUUUCUAAUAUUUGUAAACGCCAUAUAAGUUCAGUUCUUAAAGUAUGCCAAAUCAGUCUAAAAUUGGUUUGCGCAAAAUGUGAAAUCUUCAUGUAAACAGGUAUCUCGAAAAAAAAUGCGUGUCCAAGCGAUAGCGCGAAAUUUAGUGUUUCAUAUACAUAUGAAAUCGUAGAAUGAUGGCUAUGGUCAUUUUAACAUACAAAAAAUGCAUGUCCAAGCGAUAGCGCGAAAUUUAGUGUUUCAUAUACAUAUGAAAUCGUAGAAUGAUGGCUAUGGUCAUUUUAACAUACAAAACUGCUAGUGUAGGAAAAAUUGUGAGUCAAAUAUUUAUUCAAAUUGAGAAGAGCCAUUAAGCACACGAUUCAAGUGAAAAACGCCCUCACAUUGAAAUUGCGUGGAAUAUCUUUUCAUGAGAAGGACUAUGUUACGCAAAUUCUUGAUUCCCUAGAAAGCAGGCAUAAAGUGUUACCAAAACUAGUUUGAAUCUCCACUACAGCUUUUUGUACGUUUUAAGAUUCAGUGUAUUUUCAAGAAUAAAUCAUAAUAACUUU